AUGGCGACAAAAGAGAACAAGGCUAUAGGCAUAGACCUUGGCACUACUUACAGUUGUGUUGGGGUGUGGCUAAAUGACCGUGUAGAGAUAAUUUCAAAUGAUCAAGGCAAUCGAACCACUCCUUCUUAUGUUGCCUUCACUGAUACUGAGCGGUUGAUUGGAGAUGCGGCUAAGAAUCAGGUGGCUAUGAAUCCCCACAACACUGUUUUCGAUGCUAAAAGGCUCAUCGGCAGGCGACUUUCAGACCCUUCUGUCCAAAGUGACAUGAAGUUAUGGCCGUUCAGAGUUGUAGCUGGUCCAGGAGAUAAACCCAUGAUCGUGGUGACUUACAAAGGCGAGCAGAAGCAGUUUUCAGCAGAAGAAAUUUCUUCAAUGGUGCUGACAAAAAUGAGGGAGAUUGCUGAAUCUUUCUUGGGUUAUCCAAUAAAGAAUGCUGUUAUUACUGUGCCUGCAUAUUUCAAUGAUUCUCAGAGGCAGGCAACGAAAGAUGCCGGUGCGAUUGCUGUACUGAAUGUGUUGAGGAUUAUUAAUGAGCCUACUGCUGCGGCCAUAGCAUAUGGCUUGGAUAAGAAAGCUUCUAGAAGAGGUGAGCAGAAUGUACUUGUUUUUGAUUUGGGUGGUGGGACUUUUGAUGUUUCUUUGUUAACUAUUGAAGAAGGGAUUUUUGAAGUGAAAGCCACUGCUGGAGAUACCCAUUUGGGGGGUGAAGAUUUUGACAAUAGGCUUGUGAAUCAUUUUGUAUCUGAGUUUAGGAGGAAGCAUAAGAAAGAUAUAAGUGGAAAUGCUAGGGCUUUGAGGAGAUUGAGAACUGCUUGUGAAAGGGCUAAAAGAACUUUAUCAUCAACAACACAGACAACAAUUGAGGUUGAUUCUUUGUAUGAAGGGAUAGAUUUUUAUGCAACUAUAACAAGGGCAAGAUUUGAGGAAUUGUGUAUGGAUUUAUUUAUGAAAUGUAUGGAGCCAGUGGAGAAGUGUUUGAGGGAUUCAAAGAUAGAUAAAUCACAGGUUCAUGAGGUGGUGCUAGUUGGUGGAUCAACUAGGAUUCCAAAAGUUCAGCAACUUUUGCAGGACCUUUUCAAUGGGAAAGAGCUUUGCAGGAGCAUAAACCCCGACGAGGCGGUGGCUUAUGGCGCCGCGGUGCAGGCAGCUAUUUUGACUGGUGAAGGUGAUGAGAAGGUGCAAGACUUGCUUUUACUUGAUGUUACCCCUUUGAGUCUUGGCCUUGAGACUGCAGGUGGAGUCAUGACUACUUUGAUUCCAAGAAACACGACGAUCCCGACGAAAAAAGAGCAGAUUUUCUCGACUUACUCCGAUGAUCAGCCUGGCGUGCUUAUCCAAGUGUAUGAAGGAGAAAGAGCAAGGACUAGAGAUAACAAUCUUCUUGGGAAGUUUGAGCUCACAGGCAUCCCUCCUGCACCUAGAGGGGUACCACAGAUCAAUGUGACCUUUGACAUUGACGCCAAUGGCAUACUGAAUGUCAUGGCCGAGGACAAAACCGCUGGUGUGAAGAACAAGAUAACGAUCACGAAUGAUAAGGGACGAUUGAGCAAGGAUGAUAUUGAGAAAAUGGUGCAAGAUGCUGAGAGGUACAAGGCAGAGGAUGAGGAAGUGAAGAAGAAGGUGGAGGCGAAGAAUGCCUUAGAGAAUUACGCGUAUAAUAUGAGGAACACCGUCAAGGACGAGAAGUUCGCGAGCAAGUUGGAUCCAUCUGAGAAACAGAAGAUUGAAAGUGCUGUGGAGGAGACAAUUGAGUGGCUGGAUAGGAAUCAGUUGGCUGAAGUUGAUGAGCUUGAGGGCAAGUUGAAGGAAUUGGAAGGAAUUUGUAAUCCAAUUAUUUCAAAUAUGUAUCAGGGAGGCGGUGGUGCUCCAAUGGGUGAUGAGAUGCCUAGUGGUGGUUCAGGCGCCUCCGGUGGUGGCGCUGGGCCGAAGAUUGAAGAGGUUGACUAA